UUUCUUGCCCAGUUAAUUUUGAUGCCAAUUGUACCACAAGUUUUGCAAUUUCAUUUUGUUCUUUGUAGGCACCCAAAAGAAAAGAAAAUACUCCUAUGUCAAAUGUAAAAUGCCCCUUUAAUUUUGUUAUCAUAAAUAUAAAUACUAUGUCGUAUGAAAAAUUGGAAUUAAAGAGUUACUACGGAAAAUGGCUCAUAUGAAAGUGGAAAUCAAAGAGUUACUAAAAAGGGAAAUGGUCAUUCUCUUUAAACAGAGACAAUGGGGAAUCUAUUUUGCUGUGUACAAGUUGACCAAUCAACAGUAGCUAUCAAGGAGAGAUUUGGUAAGUUUGAUGAUGUCCUUGAGCCUGGAUGUCAUUUCUUGCCAUGGUGUAUUGGGAGCCAGAUUGCUGGUUACCUAACUUUAAGGCUCCAGCAGCUUGAUGUGCGUUGCGAGACCAAGACAAAGGAUAAUGUGUUUGUAACUGUUGUUGCUUCAAUUCAAUAUCGUGCUCUGUCUGAUAAAGCUACCGAUGCUUUUUACAAGCUUAGUAAUACUCGAUCCCAGAUCCAAGCCUAUGUGUUUGAUGUUAUCAGAGCGAGUGUUCCAAAGAUAAAUCUGGAUGAUGUCUUUGAGCAGAAGAAUCAAAUUGCUAAAGCAGUGGAGAAUGAACUUGAAAAGGCAAUGUCUGCUUAUGGUUAUGAGAUUGUUCAGACACUCAUAGUUGAUAUAGAGCCAGAUGAACACGUUAAGCGAGCUAUGAAUGAAAUCAAUGCAGCUGCAAGGUUGAGGGUAGCCGCCAAUGAGAAAGCAGAAGCAGAAAAAAUUGUCCAGAUUAAACGAGCUGAAGGUGAUGCUGAGGCUAAGUACCUAGCAGGACUAGGAGUUGCUAGACAACGCCAGGCCAUUGUUGAUGGUUUAAGGGACAGUGUUCUUGGUUUCUCGGUUAAUGUCCCAGGAACUACUGCCAAGGACGUCUUGGACAUGGUCCUCAUCACUCAGUAUUUUGACACCAUGAAGGAAAUUGGUGCCAGCUCCAAAUCCUCGGCAGUCUUUAUCCCACAUGGACCUGGUGCUGUUGGUGACAUUGCUGGGCAGAUUCGACAAGGAUUACUCCAGGGUGCAGCUGUCGAGCAACAAAAUCUUUUAUAGAUGUAUUCCAGUACCUUGUGUGGUUAUGGUUAUGUAGUAAUGUCUCCUGAUUUGUUUAUGAUGGCCACUAUUAUUCUCCACAUAUGUGUUUUGCUAAUGUAAUUACAUGCAGUUUUAUAAGUUACUAUUGCCAUCUAAUUGGCAGGUUCA